AUGGCCGACGUCCAAGGUCUCAUCAAUGACUUUGCCACCAAGCUCAGCAAACGGAAGGUGGAGGGUUCGAGGGAGACUGCUCGGAUGACGGCGGAGUUGCUUCGGUCGGUAAUAUCGCAACAGAAGAUGACAUCAUCCACAAACCAUGCCGCCGUUCUUAUUGACGCCGUCAGAGGUGUUGGCCGGCGGCUUAUUGAUGCUAAUCCUGUUGAACUUGCUGUUGGGAACAUUGUGAGGCGUGUUUUGUAUAUUAUUAGAGAGGAGGAGCUUUCACUUCAAGCUGGAGAAUUGACUUUAUCCCCUCAAGGCAGUGAUAGAGAAAUUGAUGAGGAAGAUGAUAAACUUUUCCUGUCGUCUGCUGCUACUUAUCAAAGAAUUCUGCACCCACCUUCAUUGUCUACGCUGCUUGGGAGCAAACUCGACAUGCCACCAGCUUGCCAUCCUUCAGCUUCAAGGAAUCAUGAUAUUGAAGGAAAAGCUUAUAAAAGUCCAAGCAGCUUGACAUUGAAGCGCCAUAUCAUGGAGGCAGUAAAUGAUCUCAUUGAAGAUAUAAAAACUUGCCAUGAGCAGAUUGCAGAUCAGGCAGUGGAGCUAAUCCAUCAGAAAGAGGUGGUACUAACCUUAGGCCACUCAAGAACUGUGAAGAAGUUCCUAUGUGCUGCGAAGGAGAAGAAACGAUCGUUCCAGGUGGUCGUUGCUGAGGGUGCUCCAAAGUAUCUUGGACAUGUUCUUGCAAAAGGGCUGGCUGCAAAAGGUUUACAAACUACAAUGAUUGCCGACUCUUCAGUGUUUGCCAUGAUUUCACGAGUAAACAUGGUUGUAGUUGGGGUUCAUGCUGUGAUGGCCAAUGGUGGAGUCAUAGCUCCUGUUGGCAUGAACAUGGUUGCACUUGCUGCAAGAAAGCAUGCUGUUCCAUUUGUCGUGGUUGCUGGCACUUAUAAGUUGUGUCCUUUGUAUCCAAAUAAUCCGGAGGUUUUGCUGAAUGAUAUGAGAUGCCCAUCGGAACUCUUAUCUUUUGGGGAAUUCUCAGAUUGCACGGAUUUUAGUAUCGGCAGCGGAGCUCCUCUUCUUCAUGUUCUUAAUCCUGCAUUUGAUUAUGUGCCACCAGAACUAGUAGUUGUCUUGCACGACUAUGAUGGGAUGCCAAGCAAAAACAACUUGCACGACAUCCCAAGCAAUCAUUCCCCUUUCGCUAUAAACUGA